CUCUUGUUGGUUCCUCUAACCCACACCCUUUUGGUGCCUAGCUCCCAUCCCCAGCCCGGCACCCGCAGCUGCCUGCCCGCUCCUUGCUAACUGCUUACCUGAGGGGAGAGGAACUCUUUAGGAUCAAGGCGAUGGCUCAAAUGCCCAUUAACCUGGCUCCACGCCCCAGCACCGGGGAGCCUUUAGAGCCAGCUCAGAUUGAGAAACUCAUCCUCCUGGGCCAAGAAGCCAAGAAGUUUGCCUAUUGUCCCUACAGUAACUUUCCAGUGGGGGCUGCUCUCCUGACCCUGGACGGGAAGAUCUUCUCGGGGUGCAACAUAGAAAAUGCUUCCUACCCACUAGGCACCUGUGCAGAGCGAACCGCCAUUCAGAAGGCCAUCUCAGAAGGGUACAAAGAGUUCCGGGCCAUUGCUAUUACCAGUAACAUGAAGAAUGACUUUAUCGCCCCUUGUGGAGCCUGUCGACAAGUAAUGAGAGAGUUUGGAAAACAUUGGUAUGUCUACAUGACAAAAGAAGAUGGUACAUAUGAUGUCAGGACAGUCCAUGAACUACUUCCUGCAUCAUUUGGACCCGAUGACCUGCACAAGACCAAGUGAACCCUGACUUUGGAGACUGUCCAGUUGAGAUUCUUUUCAACCACCUCAGAGAAGAUUUCCUCACUAAUGUCUAGGAGCAUUCCCAGAGCAAUAUUGAUAUGAAUCAACCCCCAGUGCUGACCAAUUGCUGCUUCUGCAUUUCCCAUUCAGCCAAUGAACCACUCCGCCAUUUGUAUUUGAAGUGACUUGAGCAUAUUACAUUGUAUUAAUGGAAAGCACACCAGCCUAGGAGUCAUGACCUGUAUUCUGUUCUUGGUGCUGCCUUUAACUUCCUGGGUGGCCUUCCUUUUCUGUCAAAUGAGGAUGUUGGCCUAAAUCAGGGGUUUUCAUCUUGUUUGUCCUGGGCCCAAAGUCUGGAGAAAUCUAUGGAUCCCUUCUCUGAAAAAUGUUUUCAAAUGCAUAAAAUAAAAUACAGAGAAUUACCAUUUCUAUUAAA